AAGUCUUAUACUAUUCUGUUAGAAGGUUGGAGUCAGCAACAGAAUUUGUUGAAGGUUAAUGAGGUUUGUAGAGAGAUGAAGGAUGAGGGUUUUGAGCCUGAUGUUGUUACCUAUGGUAUAAUCAUUAAUGCUUAUUGUAAGGCUAAAAAGUAUGAUGAGGCUAUUGGUUUUUAUCAUGAGAUGCAAUUGAAGAAUGUGAGUCCUAGUCCUCAUAUAUAUUGUACUUUGAUUAUUGGUCUUGGUAAUGGUAAUAGAUUAGAUGAAGCUCUUGAGUUCUUUGAAAAAUCUAAGGCUAGUGGAUUUCCACCGGAGGUACCGACUUAUAAUGCUGUUGUUGGGGCUUACUGCUGGGCAAUGCGGAUCGAUGAUGCAUACAGGACUGUUGGUGAGAUGAAAGAGCUUGGGAUCGGUCCGAAUUCUCGAACGUAUGACAUAAUACUUGUUCAUUUGAUAAAGGGUGGAAGAACAAAAGAAGCUUACUCGGUUUUCAAAAGAAUGAGUAGUGAAAUGGGGUGUGAGCCGAGUGGAAACACGUAUGCGAUCAUGGUGAGGAUGUUUUUUAAUGAAAACCAAUUGGAUAUGGCAAUGAUAGUUUGGGAUGAGAUGAAAGAUAAGGGAAUUCUUCAUGGAAUUCACAUGUUCUCGACGUUGGUCAUUUCAUUGUGUCGUGAAAAUAAGUUGGAUGAAGCAUGUAAGUACUUUCAACAAAUGUUGGAUGUUGGGAUUCGGCCUACUGCGAAUAUGUUCAGUGCCUUCAAGAGUGCUCUAAUGUUCACGGAAAUGGAGAAUACUAUGAAACAUUUUGCUCUGAAAGUUGAUAAACUGAGAAAUACUCAAUUAAUUGCUUAA